AUGACACGCCACAGCGCUUUUGACCGGGGAAGCCUGGUGCACAUGGGCGACGGUGUCAGCCCUGAAGAUGGUCAACAUCGAGCGGCCACAGGCGUUGAGAUGGCUGUGGGAGAAGAUUUGCGCAGGUUGAAAGGAGAUGUGAAGAAAGACAAGCAGAAGAACAAGAGGCCAAGCGCAGAAAGAAGGGCAAGGAGCUGGACAGAGGCCCCUGGGAUUGGCAAGGCAAUGGAAUUUGAGAAGGAGAAGGAGGAGGACACAGACUCCGAGACCGAUGAUUGGUUUUCAGAGAGGGGCCCCGGACAGGAGGCGAAGCCGCAGCAGACAUUUUCGGGCAGGGGGAUGAAAGCCCUGGAGCUUCAAAUGAGCGACAAUGGCUGGCAAAGGGCACAACACCUGGAAUUCAUAGCGCCAGAAGGAGCCGAGCUAGCAGAGCGAGACGAACAAAGGAUGGCAGCCCAGGAGCAAGCGCUGGAGGCCAAGAUGAUGCAGCAGGUGAACCACCCAAAGCCCCAGUGGAACAACAACGAGGGUAAAGGAAAGGGCGAAGGAGAACAAGGGGACGGUGCCCGCCGCUUAGAGGAACCCACGCAGUUUGGGUCAGAGGUGGUCGAAGUCAUCCGGGAUGCAGACUCGGGAGAUAACCUUAUGGCGGGCGCGCGGGGCAGGAUCGUUGGCGUAGAGGACAGCCCAAUGUUUUUAACUGACUGGCAAAGGAGGUUGGCUGCUGAUUGGAAGAAGGAGAGGAAGACCUUCACCGACCUUGGUGCACAUCUGCUGGACGGUCUGAGGUUCCUCUUGGUGACUUUGUCCGUCGCUUCAGUCAUCACAUGCAGCCGUCCCCGACCGCCGAGGGCACUUGAAGAGGUGGCAAAGACGGUCGAUGACAAUGUUUUGAGUGCGGGCCUGCCUGGAGAGGCUGCAAUCCGGUGCAAAACGGACUUUCUGGAUGAUGAGGUGAAGGAAGCUAUGGCCGACCCCGCUCACCUAGUGGUCAAUGGUGCCGGUGGGGUUACAAAGAUCAAGGAGAUCAACGGCCAGCAGGUUCAAUUGCAGAGGUUUUUCUCCGUGCUGAUCCCCAUGAAUGAGAUGAUGAUGGAGUUGCCUGGCGCCCAGGAUACCCUGCCUUAUGUGGGGCAGUUGACAUCACUGUACCUGUUGUACCUGGGUUCCGAAGACCUGCAGAGCGCUUUCAACUUCCUCAGGGUGCGGCCAGCCCUAUGUGUAGUGCCAAUGGGAUGGAAAUCACCUGUCACCUUGGUGCAAUACGCGGUGACGCUCAUUGUGCUUGACCUGGCGCAGGUGCCUCGAUCCACCUCCCUCGAAAAGGUUUGUGAUGAGUUGGCGCUGCCACGAAACGCUAGAAAGCAGCUGGUGGGUGCCAUGUGCGGUGGCAUUCAAGGUGGUGAGUUCAACGGGCAGGCUGGUACCAUCAAGGUGGGGAAGGGCAAGCUUUUCAACUUCCUUGCAAUCAGCAUGGCCCUGCUCACCAACCCACUUGUGACGGAGUUCCAGAUGAGACACUGGAUUGGCAAGGCAGCAUUCAUUGCCACCUUCAGGUCCUUUACGGGGCUCUCAACGCAAUCACAACGUGAACUCGGAGCAGAACUAUCACGGGUCAUCUCUUGCACAGAUGCGUCUCCAACAGGAGGGGGAGCUGCAAUCGCAACGAAGUUCAAAAACAAGAGCCUGGUGGUUCCAGAGGAGAUCCCUGCGAGGGAAGAGUGCGGGUGCUGCGGCACAGGCUUUGUGGGGAUGGACCCACAAAGGAGGGUCUGCCAGUGCCCAAGGAAGUGUGGGGAACGCUUCUGCUCGGCCUUGAGUGUCGCGGAGCAUUCUGAGAGGACUUGCAUCCGACCUAAUUUCUUUGCCCCGAAAUUUGGGGAACGUUUCAGUGGCCCUCGGUACCCCCUCACAAAGGCUUGUGGGCUUGCAGGGAUCGCGAUCCAGAAGCCGCUUGACAAAUUGGUGCCGGGGGACCCUUGCGAUAUCCCCAGUGAAAAGGGGAAAGCACGGCUGGCUGAGGCCGAAGCCGACCCUGCUCUCAAGGCCGAGCACUGGGCACCAGAGUGCCGAACGUUUUCUAGAGUGGCAGCUUGUCUCAAGCGGGAUGUUAUUGGUGGCCUCAAAAGGUUCAUCCCAAAACUAAAUUUCCGCCUGCCAACGUCCCAACAAUAUUACAACAAUUGGCUCAGGGAUCAUGUUCCCAUGCGGGCAGUGCCUAUGCCGUGGUUGGUGGCAAAAGCAUUGGCCAGUUUUGCAUGGAAGUUAGGGCACUAUGACUUGGCUGCUGUCAUUCUCACUGGGUUUUGCAUCUUUCUGCGGUCCAUGGAGUUUUUGACCCUUCCUGCACAAAAUGUGGUGGUAGACCCGCACACCUCACAAAUCGUUGUUACUUUGGAGAAAACAAAGACCUCCAAGCAAUUCCAGCAAUCUUUAGCGCUGCGGCACAGGGGCCUGGCCAGACUUUUGACCCAGGCUCUACCUCGCUUUCUAGAGCGGGGACCUAUCGACUUCUUCGGCACUUUGCCUUGGACAAUUUGGGUUUUUCUUUAUACAGCAUCAGGUGUGGAGGCAAAGGCCAACGGUGGUAAGCUGGUGCAGGACACCCUCGAAGACGAUGGUCCAGGUCCAGGUCCAGCAGAACCUUCUGAGGGAACUGGUGGUGCAGUGGAUAUGGAUCCUCAAGCCAAGAAGCCGAGCGGCCAAUCAUUGAAAGGAAAGACCGUGACCAACUGGCUGAACCACACGCUUGGGCAGGCGACCCACAAGCUUGACAACGGAGUCGUUGCCAGUGCUGCGGCCAAGCAAGCUCAGGCGCUAGCGCAACCCAUGUGGCUGUCAGCUUCGUAUCCGUCGUGGCACCAUGUUGGGUGGCAGGGCCUGGCACAUUUUGGCAUCGACAACGCGGCAUUGGAGCGUUUGGGGCUGGAUCACCAGGCGGCUGACCGAGUGUACCGCGCCAUGUUUGUCUACUCCCAGGGACUGCAUGCUGUGCUACAAGAGGCACCGACAUCGCUGGAGAUCGCUGGAAGGGAUGAACACGGCAAUGGAGAAGCAGUUGGCCGCGCCAAAAACAGCUGGAGCGCCUUGCUGGUUUUGUGGCGAGCCUUUCAAGCAGUCCUCGAGCAGGCAGGGCAAAGUGAUGAGCAUGGGUCUGAAAGCCUUGCUGCGCUGGUGCAGCGCGGCAAUGAAGAGGAAAAGGAGAGAGUCGAAGGCCAAUUCCGAGAUCAGAUCAAUGCCUUGCAAGCGCAGGUGGAAAGACUCACCCGAGAAUUGCGAUCCUCAAAGGACGAGCUUCAGAGGGUCAAGGAGGAUGAAAUGAGGAUGCGCAAUGAAAGUGAGAAAUACAAGACAGACUUUGAAUCGACAGAGAAGCGCUAUGAGGUGGAACUGAAAAAGCGAGGUGAUGCUGAGGUGAAGUAUUUGGACAAAGUUCGGGAAUGCGAAGCUUUAGAGGAGAAUCUGAACAAGAAGGAGGAGGAGAAUUUAGUCAUGAGCAAGGAUGUUUUCGGCAAGAGCACUCAGUGCAAUUGGGGCGGAGUGAAUUCCUACUUCCUAUGGGCCGUGGGAGCCUCCGAACAAGACCAGAUCCUUUCAGACAUGCAACAGAGAGGCCUGAAAAUGAUGCGUAUUUUCGUGAGCACGGUGCCUCAGAAUUUCAAAAGCACCACCAGCCAGUUCGUUCCUUUCUUCGAACCAGAUCACAUGGGUGCAUACAACUACACAUCUUUGGAGCUAAUCAACAAGUUCAUGGUCAAGGCACACAGCUAUGGUAUCAAACUGCAGAUAGCGUUGCAUGACCGCUACGAACUCGGCUGUUGGUAUUGUGAUGGCUACCAAAAGGACCUAGGCUUGGCUUGUCUCUCAGGCAAACCAUGUGGCCCUCUGAAUGAUGCAUCUAAGUUCUACAAAGAUGCCAACGCUAUCAAGUUCUUUGACAAGCGAUUAGAGACCAUUCUGAACUUCAAGAAUCCGGACAUGGGCAACAAGAGAUGGGGAGAUUUGAAAGAAGUGGUCGCCAUCUUCCAAAUCCAGAACGAGGCCCAGGGACUCGACCCACAGCCCUGGGCCACCAACUGGCACUGUGCUCGCGCCAAGAAAAUGCGGCCACUGAUGGACCCGGAGAUCUAUAUCGGCACUGGAGGUGGCCGAACCUUUGCGGAAAGCAUCUUGCUGGAACACUUCCAGUGUCCUGAAAUCGAUGUCAUUAAUCUCCACGACUACGAGGAAUUGACCUGGACUGGGAUGCAUGACAACCUCAAAAAGGCCCGAGACCUAGGUCAAACCUGGGGCAAGAAGGUCGUGUAUGAAGAAUUUGGCAGUACCAAGAGGUAUUAUCGCGCAGAUCAUCACUAUGCGGUCAUCACAGCAUCUGUGAGUCUGGGCCUACCCUUCAUGUCCUGGCAAUAUAUGAUUCCAGGCAACACAGAUGACACUGAUUACGAGUGGGAUGACAAGCAGGCCACAUGGCCUGUCAUGGUCUAUGGCGCGUUGCUUGCGAAUGAAACAAGGGCAGCUUUCUCAUGGCCCAACCUCAACCUUUGCACUGAUUUGAAGGAACGUCUAUAUGAGGAGUUGGCUUCGAAUGCAAAAGCCCGACAGGAGAACGAUAUUCUCACCAACCAGAACAAGGUGCUUGAUGGACAAGUGCAGUCCCUCCGCCAGCAAGUGCAAGAGGCGAGCAUCUACAAGCAGCGCUUGGAGCAGCAGGUUGGACUGUUGAAACAGCAGAUGGAGCAGACGAUGGCGAAGACAGCUGAGCUGCAGGAUCAACUGGACAUUGAGCAGGAAGCCAACAAAAAGCUCACAGAACAAAUCUCGUUGGAGCAGCGGCAGUGCCGACGCAUGGAGAGGGAAUUGGAGGAUGAGCAACACAUGCGCAAGGAGAUGGAGAAUGAACGAAACCUCCUGCGGGACAAGUUGACGCGGCUUGAAAAGCAAGAACUCACGCUGAUCGAGGACCGAAGAAACUUGCAGAAGCAGUUGAAUGAUUUGAACCUGGUGCAUCGCUCUGCUCAAAUUGAGCUCACCCGGAAGGCCGAGCACUUGGAACGCACUGACAAGACGCUACACACCUUGCAGGAGAAUCACCAACAGUUGCAGGAUGCCCAUCGAGCCAUGGGGGUGGAGGUCGACAAUCUCCGAGAGGAUGUACAUCGCAUGGACGAUCAGCUGCACCGAGAGACGACCCUGCGGAAGAGCUUGCAAGAGGAGAAGAAGACGCUGAUGGCGCAGGUCCAGAAUCUCGUGGUUCAGCUGGAGACCUCCAGACUGGCGGUGGACUCCACCCAACGCGAGUUGGUGGAUGUAACAGACCACAAGGUGCGCCUCGAAGGCAUUUUGCGAGACACCAAGUCUGCGAUGCAGAAAGUGACCCUUGAGCAACAGAUUGAGCAGAAGUCGCAUGCGCAGCGGACCGCCAUGCUGGAGAAAGCAGGGAGACCUGGGAUGUUUCAGAAAUCCCACGGCCUCGUGAUCUCGGACGAGCGCGCGGAACGCCGAAACCUGGUGAAUGAGACGUUGGAGGUGAACUCCCAGCGGGAAGACACUUUGGACUGUCUCCGACGUGCACAAAAUGAGAUCACAGAGAUCAAGCGACAGCGUUUGGAGAAUGAAGAGGAGAUCGAGCGACUGAAAGUGAUGCUUUCUGCACAGGAGCAUCGCAAUACAGAGCAGCUCGUCACAAUCGACAAGUAUCACGCCGUGGUGGCUUCGCACGAGGCGGAAGUGCAUCAGAUUCAGAUGCUGCUGGAAUGUGAGAGGGAGGAAGCUGCGAGAAAGAUGGCGGAGCUUCAAGAUGCCUUCGCAGCGGCCCAGAAAAGCCUUGAGCAACGCUUGGAUCAGUACCGCUUCAGCUAUGAGGACUUAAGAGCCCUGAUUUGUCUCAGAGAGGAUGAGAAGUCCAAGGACAGGAAGCGUCAGCGAUAUUGA